GAGAGAGAGAGAGAGAGAGAGAGAGGCUUUUUUGGGGGCGGAGGAGAUGACGAGGAAUCCGACGAUCGCUUCUCCGAACGAAGAGAGAGCUUCGGAGUCCAAGAACUCCGUUCGCGAGGCAGUUCGAGAAGGAUUUAAGACGGCCGCGAUCGCCGGUGCAGUGGCUGCAGUCCCAACAUUGAUUGGUUGUCGCACCAUUCCAUGGGCUAAAGCAAAUCUCAACUACACUGCGCAAGCCCUCAUUAUAUCAGCAGUAGGUUACUGGGAUCUUUGAUGUGUUGUGCUAUUUGCUUGAUUUCUUCCGGUUGUUCUUAGUGCAUAGACUUGUUUCUGUUCAAAUCAUCGGCCUAUGGAUCUUACAACUGUUACUUCUCUAACUGGUAGUUGGGGAGAGAUAAUUAUUCAUCUAGUGCAUCUUUGCUUUCAUCAUGUGUUCUUUUCAGUGUAUUGCCGUCACUCUGUAGCGCGGAUGUCUCUUUAGCACCAGCAUGAUAUCUGAAAUAUUCCUCUACUACAUUGUUUUUUCCAACUUUUCAUGGGAAAACUGUGAUGCCUUGUCUACCUUGGAUUUGAUGGUCAUUUUGUGAAGGAUUAUGCAUAUAAAUCUUCUAUUGAUGUAAAUAUCAUUCUUUGGAAAUUUUGAGAAUAAAAAGUUGUAGUCUUCCGUCUUCAGUUACUGCUCCACACUGUGAUGGAGGCUCUAUGCCCUCUGAUUUGGUGGCAACUCAUUCUUGACAAUCUAGUUAUUAAGGAUAAAAUUGAAAUUUGAGAGUGAGUUAGUAUGCAGCUGCAGCAACUACAUUCUCUUAUUCCGUUUUCUGUGUAACUUCAAAAGAGGAUGUUGCUUUCCAAGGUUGAAAACUCAUAGAAUGCUGAACAGCAAGCAGCUACAUAUUGGUCAGUUUGAUAGGACAAUGUACAGUAUCAUACUAGUUGCUUGAACUUAACCAUUAGGAAAUUUCUGAUUCAUAUAGAAACUCUAAAUAACAUGGCCGUUCACCUUGUGAAGUUGAUGAGAACUCUAUUCGCAAGAUGAUAUUUUGCUCUUUUUUUUUUUGGUAGUAUUUAGAAAAAUAUCUACAUUUAGAUUCUCUAGCCAAAAUUGACAGAAAUUACGAAACUAUGUUACUGUGGCUAUCGAUAUGCCACCUAAAGAACAGCAUCCUUGGUCUCUCUUCACUGCAUUUCAACAUCCAAGAUAUGCGUAUUUGUUAUUCUAAUAUUUUGAGUUAUUGUGCUUGUUUUGCUCCUUUCCUACUAUCAUUUAGAUCGAUUCACAUAAAUUUUGCAUACUUUUUGAAUCUGCACUAUUAGUAACAUUAUCUUGACAUAACUCCUCCA